CUACAAUAACUAAAACUCUUUUCAAUCCAAAUAACACCCAAUUUUCUUAAGGUUUUAUUUUAAGAAAUCGCACUCAAGGUUUGCAUCUAAAAAAUUGUUUUAUUAUUGGAUUACCAUUUCCAUUUUGUAGCACAUAUUUUCAAAGGUUUGCCAAUUGUCAUCAAGUUACAAUGCCGAUGGACAAACUACGAGCGACGCCAGUGGACAAGAUCCUUAGUUUCCGCCGGAAUCCCGAUCUGCAGCAGCAACGGCGUCAGCAAACUGAUGAAAUUGAGGACAUUCCCAGGUUUUUGCCACCUCAGCUUCUUUUUGACGACGCAGAUGGUAAGGAUACAAAUCGAAGGAUGCCGGAUACGGAUUCGAUAAACUCAGAGGAUGCUGUUAGGCUGCCUCCCCCCCGAAGAUCUCCAGUUUCUAUGAGGAAUCUGCAGCGUGAGUUGUACUCACCCAAUCAGUGUAUGAAUGUCCUGAAAGCCAUUGUGGCUGUGGUAACCAUUUGUCUGCUCUUCAUCACGAUUCCCUUGUACCGACGCCAAAGGAUUGAGAAGGAGACCAGUCUCAAGAUGAUCCUGCUUUGGAACGAGCAAUUACCAACCGGUGGAUCGGCACACAUGGAGUGUGGUUGUCUGGUCUCCACUCGCCGAAAUCAUGACGACAAACCCUUUGAUGCAGUGGUCUUCAGUGCCGAUCAUCCCUACUCCUUUGAAGAUUUGAAUAUCAUCAAGCGUACUCCUGAUUACUAUGCCGUCUAUGCCGCCAAGAAGCCACUGAGUUUGGCGCAGAAUCCAAUGGCUGGCUCAAUGUUGCCCCCCUUCAAUUUGACCAUGACCUAUCGACUGGACUCGCAAUUGAUCUGGACGGACUACUACUUCUCCCAUACCAAUCUGGCCAGACGUCUCAACUGGUUCCGCAGUCCCAGUAAUAAUUUAGUUGAUGAUAUGCCGGGCUCUAUGCCCCAACGUCUGGAUUCAGAAGUAUUAAAAAAGACACGACUGGCUGUGUACUUAACAUACGAAGUGGAUCAGAAUAGUCUUCCGGGGAGCCUGUAUUUGCAGGAACUGCGAAAAUAUGCCGAUAUCGAUGCCCAUGAUAGUUGUCUGGGUUCUCAAGACUGCAGUCACUACCACUUUAUGCUCAUCUUUGAAACAAGCGCCUGUCCCGAUUAUGUGCCCCCGCAGAUGUACAUGGCCAUGGAUAAACUUAUGGUACCCGUCCUGAUCGGAGGAGGAAAUCUAACCAAUCUGGUACCACAGCAAUCGUAUAUCAGAGGCCUGGACUUUUCCACUCCAAAGGAUUUAGUGGGUCACCUAAUGGAUCUGGCCAAUAACCGGGAGGAGUACAAUCGCUUUUUCUGGUGGCACUCCAUCUACAAGCUGCGCCAAACUUCCCAACCCUACUGCGCCCUCUGCUCCCUCAUCCAAAAACCCGCCGAGGAGCGCCAGAUUGGCCAGAGAUCCUCCAAACUGGACUUCAUCAAAUGGUGGACUUCAGCCGAAUACCAGUGCCCCAAUCGAUCCACCACCUUCCUCUGAGUCCCUGGACUUUGGUCAAUUAUAAUUACCAACGAUCGCAAAUUGCCCUCGUUCGGUGUGGUUCCGUUUAGUUGAGUUGAGUUUGUUCUUCCUUCGUUUUGGGGGUUUCUUCUGUGUUUUUUGGCUGGUUUAAUUUCGCGGAAUUUCGGCGGCACUCCAUUGACCUCGCCGACAGCUUUGGAAUGAAGGGAGCUUAAUAAGUUAUACUCUAUUGAGGAGAACAGGUUG